CGCACGCAUUGACUGAGACAGUCGUAACGCAUAGUUGUCAAUGACAACAGCAGUGCGCGCGAAGGCAGCUCACUGACAGAACGUUUAUGCGAAGAGAAAUUGUGUGAUAAUUCAGUCUCUCAGCCUUUUUCUCACACGAAAUCUCCGUUCAACAUACGAAGAGGGUAUUGACACAUGCAAAUUCCGAGAUUUGACUUGAAACUUCGUAUCGCAUAGAUCCAACGCAAGAGCAUACAGAGAGCGAGAGGAGGCAGGACCCAGACAGAACGUUUGUGCGAAGAAAACAUGUGUGGUAGUUCAGUCUCUCAGCCUUGUUAUCCCGGAGAUCAUUACCAGCAGUUGAACGCACCAAGAUGUGUACGUUGGAAUAUGUGAAUUGUACACAUGUUUUCAAAUUCCUGUACAUAUAUUAAAUUCCAGCUGAAAAUUUCAUGAGUAGUGAGCUGGCAGUCCACAGGCAGAACUUUUUUUUUCGAGAAAACACUGUGUGAAAAUUCAUCCUUGAUGGUAUCUCGAGGUCUUUGCCAUCAGUGCAACGUACAAUAAUGAACUUUUUCUCGAGAAAAAGCGCGCGUUAAUUUAAUAUAUCAGUCGUGGCCCAUAAAUCUUCGCCCCAAGUUCCAAGAGAAUUAAUCCAUAAGAAAACUCACGGAUGUAUUACGUGUGAAAUCCGUAAAGCUAACCCGAAGAUCCGACGUCGCCUUUACAGCUCGAAGAUGCUCGAGGCAAACGGAUUGCCUGGAAACUCAAACAGCCCGCGAGAUAAUCCUACACGUUGAAUCUCCUAGCGCCAAUUCCUUCUUUCCUCUUCCCCCUCCUGUUUUCCUCCUCUGCCCAUGAGGGCGCAGGUGCUCAUCACUCCGCUGCUGGCGCUCCUGGCGGCGGGAGCAGAAGCAAGAACAGGCAGGAUAUUCCAUCGUCCUCUACCUUUACACACGACGUCACCUGUAAAGAAAUGCUGUGGACUCUUCAAGAUGCUUUCAGGCGAUGGAAGACUGUGUGUGAAAACAGAAUGGCCCAACAACACGAACUUUCGCCGCGACAGACGUUUCCCGCUCACCUUGUUGAUUGGUCGGAAGGAAGACGAUUGGCUUCGGCGAUGGCUGCCUCCUGGAAUUCGGAGUAAGAGUGUGCGGAGGAUCAGGGACAGGUACCGUCAGUACAUAAACCAAACGGGAAAUUUGGGCAUCGCGGAUUUCUCGACCCAAAAUGUUUCCAUUGACGAUGACUACUUAAUGAGACCAAAACCAGGAGGGGGUAGCCGCGCAGCUGACUACUGUGUUGACGCUGCCCAGCCGCCAAUGGGACCGUUUGCCUUGCUUUUCCACACGAUAUGCAUCGACGAGGAACGCACCAGAAAGUGUUGCGUCAACGGGCAAGCGUUGGUGGAAAAGAAAGGGGACUGGAUGUGCGAGAAGGACGAACACGGCUACUGGUCUCCGGUGAACUCCUCCUUUACAGACAUAUUCGAUUCGGAAUUUCCGAAAGAAUGCAAAAUCACCAACUCGCCGUGCGGAUACUGUCGGUUGGCAGCCCCGGAUAUCUCCCGUCAUUGGGCUCUCUCCAGCAAAAACCAGCAUAUAUUCUCCACGCGACUACCGUGCUUUGACUACCGACGCGACAACGGGAGCGUGGAGGAACGAAUCUUCUACUGCAAGUAUUCCAGUGCGGCCAAAGGCCUCUAUUGGCUGCUGCGGCCACUCUGCGUUGUUUCCGCUUUGCUUCUGAUGGUAUCGCUAGUGUCUGUGAUGUGUGUCCUGAGCUUGCGACGCAAGCCUCACGGGUGGUGCCUUGCCAACCACGCCGCCUGCCUCUUCGCUUUCAAUACGGGGCAGGUCGUGUACUUUGUGACGAUGAGUGACGCAAUAGACGCAAACGAAAAAUUCAGCAUACCUCCUCAUCUCCAGGACAGUUGCAGACAUUUUGCACUUUGGAUAUUGCAAGUGUCCACCCCAAAGAGGAGGGGAAGGAGGAGAUUCUACGUGUUUUCGGCCUUCGCAUGGGGGUCACCCGCUGUGCUGACAGUGGCUUGUCUCUUCCUGUUUACUCCUCCGAACCGCCCUUACACGCAAGGGGAGCGACGUUGGUACGCCCCAUCGCUCAUGGAAACUCGAGUGUGCUACAAGGAACCUAUCGUGUAUUCCGAAUCAGUAGGAUGUCUCGUGUUGAUAAACCUCAUCUGCCUGGUUCACAUCUUGAGGAAAGUGCGGUACCUACGACGAGGGAACGCCAUUUUGCGAACGGAAGAACAAAACGGCGACUUGGGCCACUCGCACGAGAAUGGAAUUGACUCUCACGCUGCGCACUCUGACAGCGGCGAUAGCCGGACACGCCAAAAGCAAAAUGGACGACAGGCAGUUGAUGCAAAAACAAUCAAAAUGAACAUCAAAAUGUUGCUCAUGACCGGAGUAACAGAGCUCAUCUCCGAGGUGAUCAUGUGGAUUAUCACGUCCUACCCUGACGAAUUUGCUUGGGCUGAAAGUGAUUAUCACUUCCCCUACAGGGCCUCAGGUUACAUCACCGACUUCUUCAGAGCUGCCUGCGUCGCGUGGUUGGCAGCACCGGAGGGGGGUUACUUGGGACCCCUUCUAAAAACAUUGCGCGGAGACAAGAGAAAUAAUCGCUGGAACUCUUGAAAAAAUGUUCACUUUUUCGCACGAAAAUAUAAUGGUCUUUGUUUCAAUAAAGAGCUUCGUAGUGCAAUGGUUAGCUAAGUAACGAGCUAUUAAACCCAAAUAACGGGUUCAAAUCUAAUCGAAGCCUUGGAUUUUUAAAGGCGAAAAAUAUCCUUCAAACGUCUUCCUUCGGAAGGGAAAUAAAGCCGGCUGUCUCCUGUUGUAGAUUUACUGCACGUAAAAGAUCAAGCCUAAAGGAUGUUCCUUACGUAAAUUCUAAU